AUGCCAGACAAUGAAGUUGAAGCGAAUAUAAUUGCUGUGAUAAAGGCUGCAUGUGCACACAGGAGUGCAGCAUUAGGACCAUUUAUCAACAGAGCUCUGUUGAUGACGAUUCCCGGAGAAGAACAUUAUGCGCUCAACGUGGACGAUUGGUUGCCUGUUCCCACAGAGGAAGAACUUGAAAAGCUCGAGAAGCGUCGCAAUAAGAAAGGAAAGAAGAAGGAGGAAAAGAAGGAAGAUGACGAUGAUGAGCUUCUGACGGCUGCUGCAUAA